CAGCCCACAAUUUAGUCCGGGAAACGCGCGCUCUCGCCUUCUCUUCCUUCCUUCCAAGCGGUGCCGGAGCCCGGGGCUCCGGACCCCGCCCCUGCUGGCCUUCCCCGCCUCUGCAGCGUGACUAAGACUACCACCCCCCAACCUCUCCGCCUCCCUUUCCGCCGGGGCGCAUCGUCACCCUCAGUUUGCCCGCUGCUUGAGUUGGAGGAGAAGGUUUUUACAAUGGAAUCCCUGGAUAAAACAAUCAAUAGCUAUCUGGAUGUUUGGCUUGGACCAAGAGAUCCCAGAGUAAAAGGAUGGCUUCUCCUGAGUAAUUACACACCUACCUUUAUUUUUUCUGUCUUAUACUUGCUAAUCGUAUGGUUGGGACCAAAGUACAUGCGGAACAGACAGCCAUUUUCAUUCAGGGGUAUUCUAGUGGUCUAUAAUCUGGGACUUACGUUGCUCUCCCUUUAUAUGUGUUAUGAGCUGGUGACGGGAGUAUGGGAAGGAGGAUAUAAUUUCUUCUGUCAGGAUACGCACAGUGGAGGUGAAGCUGAUAUGAAGAUCAUACGUGUCCUCUGGUGGUACUACUUCUCAAAGCUGAUUGAAUUCAUGGAUACCUUCUUCUUUAUUUUGCGGAAAAAUAACUACCAGAUCACUGUUCUUCAUGUCUACCAUCAUGCAACUAUGCUGAACAUUUGGUGGUUUGUUAUGAAUUGGGUGCCUUGUGGCCAUUCCUACUUCGGUGCUACUCUUAACAGCUUCAUUCAUGUUUUCAUGUAUUCCUACUAUGGAUUGUCUGCGAUUCCAUCCAUGCGUCCCUAUCUCUGGUGGAAGAAGUAUAUCACUCAGGGACAGCUGAUUCAAUUUGUCCUGACAAUCUUCCAGACGAGCUGUGGGAUUGUGUGGCCCUGCGCAUUCCCUAUGGGAUGGGUGUACUUCCAGAUAUGCUACAUGAUCUCCUUAAUAAUUCUCUUCACCAAUUUCUAUAUUCAGACUUACAACAAAAAGGCAGCCUCCAGAAGGAAAGACUAUCAGAAUGGCUCCACGGCUGCGGUAAAUGGGUACACAAAUAGCUUUUCUUCCCUCGAGAACAAUGUGAAGCAAAGAAAACAAAGGAAGGAUUGAAGAUCAAACUGAGAAGCCAUUUUGAUAUUCCAGGCAACAACACACAGACAAAAAAAUCAUCUGAUUGUAAGCACAGUACAAGUUGUGCACUGAUAAUUCUUGACAGCUACUGUAACUAUUCCUGCUUAGAAUAGUGGUGAUUUAUGUAGGACUUAACCAGUGCAAAAUAUCCUAGAAACUAUCGAGUAAACUAAGGUUGUGGACGACGGUGAUAGAUUUUGGGUGGUCACAGACCCGAGUAUAAACUGUGGAAAGGAGUAUUAUUGUAGUGUGAGUAUGUUUGUAUAUAUAUGUAUAUGUAUGUGUGUAUAUAUAAUAUACAUAUAUAUAAUGACACUGCUGUUGCCUUACUAGUCAAUGAUAGGUGCUGAAUUAUAAAUCACAAUUUCAGAACACUGUAAUCCAAAUUCAUAUUUUUAACUGUAGAUAGCGCAUGUGGUUAUAAUUUAUACAAUGGAGUUUUUUGGUUGUUUAUUUUUUUAUUUUCUGUAGUUUGAAGCACACAUGCCUUAAAUGAAAUAAAAGCAGAGCCCAAAAUUAAAUACUUGUUAGGAAAGUCAUGGAAAUGUUUCACUCUGGGAGUGACUUCUGACAUGACAGUUUAUACUCGGAUGCAGAUACCCAAGUACAAAACAGAUUUGUAUUGUGUCAGUUACCAAGGGUGCACCUGUGGAAGAACCAAGUGGCUUUUCCAGUCACAAUGCUUGUAAGCAGCCCCCUGGGAAGACCGGUCACCAGAGUGCAAAUGCUUUUGCACGUGUCCUUUUGUGGGUGCCGCAGUGUGCAUGUACCCUGUAUGUGGGGAUUGCAAAGCCAAAAGGGAUCGUAGGAAGCCAUCCCAGGUUGUUGGCUCCUUUCUAGAGUCUGUCCAAAACAUCCUUGUUGGAUAUACCGUCCUGCAUACUACACACUGCUCCAUGCGAUGGUGAAACUGGAAACGGCAGGUACAGUUGAGGAGAAACUCUCCAUGUGUCCUGUACAAAAUGAAAGGGACACGGCCAGAGCACAGCCAUUAUUCCUAUCAAGGCUCGUGAAAAAGGUCAUUUUGGACCAUUCUAUGUGUCACUUGUAGCUUUCACAAAACCUGAAGCAGUUUUUUUUAAUUUACUAGACUUUGUUUUGCAUAAAUAAUUGGCACUUAAGCAAUAUCUAAAAGCAUAAUGCUGACUUGCUAAGUAUUAGACCAUGUAAGGAGUGGGCAGAACAUCAUAUAGUUCUUACCCCUUUGAGAGUUGGGGUUCAGUCAGGAGAUCUUGCUUGGCUGUUUAAAAUCUGCCGUGGAUGCAGGGGGGACUUGGGAGACAGGGAGGAUGUUCUUCCUUCCUGGGUCUUUUUAAGGAAGGUUUGAGAAUAAACCCAGCUGGUUCAUCACCUACUUCACUGGUAGCUUUACAGAAUGAGAGUGAAUAUCCAGGCUACAGCUGGUCAAGUCAACUUCCACUGUGUAUGACUUUGACCCCAGAGCAGUUUCCAGUGAACUGGACCAGUGGACAUGCAACUAAUUUGUCUAACCACAACUAAAAAGCAACUCCAAGGCAAUACGGGGAUUUGACUUGUUUUUCUUGGCAUCCCCGUUGCUAUUUGUGUAGCAAAUAUUGACUUUGAAAAUGUGCCUAACAGCAAAGGGUUUCACUUGUUGUUGGUGAUGAGUAUCUGUUUUCUUAUUGUAUGUUGUAUGUAUCUCACCUGUACUUUCUUGGCUUGUGCAAGAGUUGUUUGAAAGUGCUUGUUGAAAUUAUUGUCAGUUGUAAAAGCAGACAUCUGUAACUGAUAUGCUGUGUUAUUUGGUAGAGUUUAGCCUGUUAACAUGUUCAUCAAUCUCAGUGUCAAACUAGCCUUUGCUCAUAUCCCCAAGUUUAUAUGAUUUGAUACUUGUAUAAUAUCAGUUUUACCAUAUUUUUUUGUGCAGCUAAUAGUAGGGAACUAAUGAGUUCUCCCAACGAGCUUUGUUGAUUUUCUUUUGCUUGUUUUUGGAAAAUGAAACAGCACCAGUUUACACUAUUUUUAAAAAAUUCUUUCAAAGCUUUUGUGUGUGUAUCUUGGUUUCUAGGUACUAAUUUGCAAAGUCCUUACAUACUUCAUACAGCAGCUUCACUGUUCCAAAUAUGUUGUCCAAAAUAAGUGUGCUAAAAAAAACCCAGCUUGUCUGAAAUAUCUAUAUUAUUAAUGUUUUUGUUUUUAAUCAUUAAAUCAUUCUUGAUUACCUA